UGUAGUGAAGCUAAUACUGGAGAAAUGUGGUCUCUUUUCUUGGUUCUUGUCAGGACACGUGCUGCAGCUUUUUGGACAAGCGUCUGAGAGCAUAUACCUCCACCGAGGCUAAGACCAUUUUCUAAUUUGCUGCCAGUUUCAUUUUGGCAAUUUUUUUUAUACCUCACACAACAUAAGAGAUCUCUAACUUUAUGUUGUCACUGUAAAGCUGUGUGCAGCACUAUUUCCCACAUGCUUGUUCGUGCUAUUGUCCAUAAAGUUUUUUAUCAUCCAAGCAGACAGUCAGACCUCAUCGUUUCAGCUGCCGUUGUGUGCCAGUGGCAUGCAAUGCAGUUCUCUCUAUCUUUUACUCCUUAGUCGUUGGAGCUUGUGUUGGGAAUUACAGUUCUUUUCAAUGAACUGAAACACGAGGAUCAGUGCACAAAAAAAUUUACAAAAACACCGAAUCACUGGGUUGUUUAGUGCUUGACUGCAGCUCAGAGUGCUGAUUCCCUCUCUAUGACCUGAAACACAGGUGAACUUUGGUUCAACUAGUGAGCUGAGAACAAUCAUUAAUGGAGGAUAAGUCAGAGUUCUGAGCUACCCCCUAUUGAAUACAACACAUAUAUUUUUGCAACACUUGAUUAUUAAAUAAAACAUUUAGUUCUACUUCCUAAUUGAGACUUCAAGACAGUCUUUCAUUUUCCAGGACAGACUGCAUCCGGCAUUGUAAAGUACUACUAUGUUCUCCCCAGUGAGGGUAUCCGUACAGUUCUCUUCUUUUCAAGGAGUAAUUUGUGUGGCUGACUGACUGAUCGCUCAACUGAACUGACUGGAUCAUGUCAGGUAGUGAUUCAGUUCAGUUUCUUCACCCAAAUGAUUCAUUCUUUUGAACAAAAUAUCCGCUGACAACACAACACGAGUGAGAGUGAUGUCUGUGUGCGUUCACAAACAAAACUAAAACAUAACCUCCUUGGUUGUAACUUGCAGACAUUCAGCUAAAAGCUGGAACUCUUAAAUGUUAAUAGAAAAGAAAUGAGGAAUUUUCAACAUUUGGUGCUGUAUCUUAGCCUUGACACUGACAUGGCCCUCCUGGCCAAAACUGGAACAUUACACAGCAUUUACACAGUUUUCUGUUACCUUGAAUUACUAUUUUGUGAACCCACAUUUUAACAAGAGGAUUCAAAGUUAAUAUGUAACCAGCACAUAACCACACUCACAAUAUAUUCUGGAUUUUGAAGGUCCAGGUGGCUCCGAGUGAUAGCCACAAAGCCUGCAAUCAUCUGGAUUUGUUCUCACCUUCAUAACAUGACUCUUGUGUAAACUGAGUAGGGCAGCAACUCCCAUGAAAGGCACAACUUAAAAAGGAGCCAUGGUGUCGAUGGCCUCCAGCAGGUUAAUGAUUACACACCCUGCACUAUAACAGAGAGACAGACAGUGAACCCCUCAGUGUUUUAGCUUUGGAUGAACAGCGAUGUCAGGACAGCGAGUGUGUGUGUCUGACUUUGAGGAGGAAGCUAGAAAGGUUCUUCCCAAAGCUGUGUAUGACUACUACCGCUCAGGAGCUGAUGAACAAAACACAUUGGCUGACAAUGUUGCUGCCUUCAAGAGGUGGUAUCUUGUCCCUCGGGUGUUGAGGGAUGUUUCUGUAGUGGAUCUGUCUGUCUCCAUGCUGGGCCAGAGGCUCAGCAUGCCUCUCUGUGUGGCAGCCACAGCAAUGCAGAGGAUGGCUCAUCCUGAAGGAGAAACAGCUACAGCAAGAGCAUGCCGAGCAGUGGGAACAGGGAUGAUGCUGAGCUCCUGGGCCACCUCUACUAUAGAGGAAGUGAUGUCAGCAAUGACAACCUCAUUGAGUGGUGGGGGUGUCCUGUGGCUGCAACUUUAUAUCUAUAAAGACAGAGAGCUCACGCUGUCAUUGGUACGCCGUGCAGAGGAGGCAGGCUACAAGGCUAUCUUUGUUACCGUGGAUACGCCAUACCUAGGAAGAAGAUUGGAUGACAUGCGCAACAGCUUUCAACUGCCCCCACACCUUAGUAUGUCUAACUUUUCAACAGCCUCCCUGGCAUUCUCUGAGGGAAACUAUGGCAAUGACAGUGGUUUGGCUGUUUAUGUUGCAAAAGCAAUCGACCCCACCCUCUGUUGGGACGACAUUACCUGGCUGAAGAAACAUACAAUUCUACCUGUGAUUGUGAAAGGGAUAUUGAAUGGUGAGGAUGCUGUCAAGGCUGUGAACUAUGGUGUCAGUGGCAUCCUAGUGUCCAAUCAUGGAGCUCGACAACUGGAUGGGGUUCCUGCCACGCUUGAUGUGUUAGACGAGGUGGUAAAGGCAGUGCAGGGUCGCUGCGAUGUCUACAUGGAUGGAGGAGUGAGGCGCGGGACAGACAUCCUUAAGGCCUUAGCACUGGGAGCAAAGGCCGUCUUCAUUGGUCGACCAGUGCUGUGGGGCCUUGCUUGUCAGGGGGAAAAGGGAGUGACUGAGGUCCUUGAACUUCUGAAGGAGGAGCUGCGACUUGCUAUGGCACUGUCAGGUUGCCGCUCCGUAUCUGAGGUGAGCAGGUCCCUGGUCAGGAAACUGGAUUUUACCUCCAGGAUGUGAAAGAAGAAUCUGUGGUUGGACUCACAGGACAAUGCAAUCUUGAUGGAUCCCUGAGAUAAUUCAUUUGUUACUCAUUUGUGCCAUAAAUAGUAUUAUAUCAUAUGUACAGGUUUUUACUUUGACUUGUUACUAUGAUACUAUCCUAAAGUUGUGUCGUGUUAUAUAAAAUUGUAGAAGUUGUUCACUUCACGAUAACCUUAGCUACUUCAUCUGUCCCUUUAGAAAAACAGGAGGCCCUUAUUAAAAAUCAUGUUUGAUGUGA